ACAUGCCUUAAAAAGUAAAAACUUUUACUUUCCCAAUUAAUAAUAAAAACUCUGGAACCCAGUUUCACCCGACCCAACUCCAACUCCAACUCCAACUUCAACUCCAUCAAAUUUCACCUUCUUCUUCAUCAUUCCCACAAGUUCACUUCCUCUCUUCAUUCUUUGAUUUCUCAGUUUAAACAAACACUAACACAAACACAUGGCUACUGGAGGCUAUGGAGAUCCCAAUCAAAAGAUAGACUAUGUGUUCAAAGUUGUAUUAAUCGGAGACUCUGCUGUUGGCAAGUCUCAGAUACUUGCCAGGUUUGCCAGAAAUGACUUCAGUUUGGACUCCAAAGCCACUAUUGGAGUUGAGUUUCAAACGCGUACUUUAGUUAUUGAACAUAAGAGCGUUAAAGCUCAGAUCUGGGACACUGCUGGCCAAGAACGAUACAGAGCUGUCACAAGUGCAUAUUACAGAGGUGCUGUUGGGGCAAUGCUGGUUUACGAUAUAUCGAGACGCCAGAGCUUUGAUCACAUACCCCGUUGGCUGGAAGAGCUGCGAAGCCAUGCCGAUAAGAAUAUUGUUAUCAUCCUGAUUGGGAACAAGAGUGAUCUGGAGGACCAGCGUGCAGUUCCCACAGAGGAUGCCAAAGAAUUUGCUGAGAAGGAAGGCCUGUUUUUCUUAGAGACCUCAGCAUUGCAAGCAACAAACGUUGAGACUGCCUUCAUGACCGUCUUGACUGAGAUUUUCAAUAUUGUGAACAAGAAGAAUCUAACAGCUGAAGAAGGUCAAGGCAAUGGCAACCCCGCAAACCUUGCUGGCAAGAAGAUCCUUAUUCCAGGACCUGCACAGGAAAUCCCAGCUAAGAGCAACCUGUGCUGUAGAACUUGAUGUGAUGUUCCAUGUAGCUAGUAUCAAUUUUUGGGAGGUGUGAUUUAUUUGUGUUGUAUAUUUUUUUUUAACAUUGGUUUAGUUAAGUUUGAUGAGCAGAUGAUUAAUUCAAUGUUUUUAAAAGCCAUAAAACAGUUAAAAGGGUGUGGAGCACUUGUUACCAAUUUGCAUUAAAUAUGGUUGUUGAUUAUUUAGCCUACCUGUUUCAUUUUAAACCAUUUUGCAGUACAA